AUGAACGGAAAAAUCUUCCUUCUGGCCAUUUUUUUAUUGACGCUACACAUCGUGGCAUUGCAGGGCAAAACGCUUAAUACGGUGACGGAUUCCGAAUCAGAAAAUGAAAAAGCCAAAAAGGUCGGUAAAAAUAAUAAGACAAACAGUGGGGACUCCACAGACAAUAGUGAGGAACCUACCAUGGGAGAAAACAUAAUUAAAUAUUUUAAAAAUAUCCUAAACGAUUUUAAUAAGGCUUCCAGAAGGGAGAGUGAUGUUUCUAAGGAUGGUGAAUUCAUUGGUCAGGUGUCACAGGAGGUUCCUACAACAAAUGAGGAAACCGAUGAGGAGGACGAAGACGAUGAAGAAAGUGCACCCGGGAAGGACGACGUGCAGACUACCGAGCAGAAAGCCGAGAAGACAUCCGAGCAUACUGCCAAACAAACUACCGAGCAGAGCGAUUCUCCACAAGGUGGACUGAACGAGGGAGAUGCCAAAUCUACCCAUCCAGUGCAAGGAGAGAACGACAGCGAAUCCGGGCCAAAGUACUCAGAGAAGGUGUAUGAAGAUAUCCUAAUAAGCUUAAAUAAAAGGGGCGGUGAACAGGGAACCAAUGAAAACCACAAAUAUAAUGAGUUCAAAAAGGAAUACGACAUGUUCAUAUCGUUAAAUAAAGACGAAUAUGAGAUUAUAGAGAAGCUCGUCGAUGCAUUUUGCGUGAACAAUCAACCCUUUGAUGAAGACGCAGAUUCUGUGUACGAAGCGAUUAAGAAGUCCUUUACGGAUCCAAAGUUUAAGAAAGAAUUUGGAGACUUCAUUAACGGAAUUUAUGACUAUUCACAGAAGAAGCAUAAUAUAAGAGGCACCCAAACGGAGCAGACCAAGACGUACCACAUGCUGUUUCAGAAUGUGAUCAAUUUUCUCAACAUGAUAUAA